CUUGACAAGGACCAGCUGGGAGGCAUGGACGAAGCAUCGGCUCGAAACACGAUAUUUUACUUUUCCACAUUCUUGAGUACGGCGAUCUUUGCUGCAAAGGGUGGUAUUCUGUACGCCUUCUACCAGAUGUACCAGAACUACGAUCAGGUGGUGGCUGACGAGGAGGCACGGCUUCGCGGUGAACAGCAAGGCCCCUCCGCCAAUGCACCGGCGGGCGCCGGAUACAUGUUCCAACAAGGAAACGCAGUCGGGGUUCCCGCCGUGGAAACCACUGCUCCUAUGGCUCUUCCGAUGGGUGGACAGCAAAUGGUGCCUUCGGGCUGGCAGGUAGUUCCCACCGGUACCGCUCCUGGUUGGCCAGGGAUGCCUCAAGGGAUGCCUCAAGGGAUGCCUCAAGGUAUGCCUCAAGGGAUUCCUCAAGGGAUUCCUCAAGGUGUGCCUCAAGGCAUGCCUCAAGGGCCAGGGAUGCCUCAAGCAGUGGGGCAGCCGUACUACGUAAUGAUUCCACCACCUCGCCCGCUAGGACAGCAGCAAGCAGCGGCUCCCAAUCAGCAGAUGUCUUUCUCGUCCGGCGGAAUCGUGUACAUGCCUUACUACCCCGGAGUGCAGCCCCAGCCUAUGGCAGGCCAACCAGUUAUAGCUCCGAGUACGACUGCCGAAGCCAAGACGGCCGAGCCGGCGUCCGCCAAGUCUUCGCCGGAUAAUAAGACGACACCGGACGCGCCGCGCGCCCGAGCGAGUCCAGAACACGAUACGCCGGCCAAGGCAACUACUGCAACUUCGCAGGAUUCGUCACCGAAGGUUCAUGGUCCACAGACCGAAGUUGCAACGGCUGAUGCUAAACCCGGCGAGUCCGGGCAUGCCUCGGAGGCCGUGGCUCACGAAAAGGAACAUGGUCACCAUCACAAACAGCACCACACUCCUCCAAAGCGGAAGAUGUCGUCUGAACCAAGGCCGCCAUCUGAUUGAUGCCUCUGAGUAGCCUGGGCCUACACAUGCUCAGCCUGACUGAGAUGCCCAAGCUAACUGUCCACCCGGCGAUGCCGUGAUCUGCGACCGCGGUGGAACUGCUUCAGUGUAAGGCGCGCUGUCAUGAGCACCCGUUGGCGAGAUACUUUUUCAGUGGCGCGCAAUAAAUUACCCG